GUUAUGGUCACGCUUUUCCAUCCAAUCAGCACAUAAGGAAGUAACACUGUGUUGCUCGUUCAGGCUUGAAAUAUAGCAUAGUGGGCAGCCCAGUCCCACACGCUUUUAACUGAGCGAGAUGCAAGUUGCACUUGUGUAAUUGUCAGGCACUGGAGCUGGAGCAUACACACACACAACAAUGAGGCUGAAUAGGAGAACUGACUUCAUUCUCUAAGGUCCUGACACCCAUAAAACUGCCAUUAAGUGCGCAUAACUGGCUGGGGAGAACUUGCAUCGUAUAAAGCUCCUCUCACAUCAUUUGCUUUAUUUCUGCCUCUUCUCCUGAUCAAUUCAGUCUGAUGUCGCAGAAUAUGGCAACCAACAAACAAGACGCUUAUACAGAACAAAACAGCAUUAUGACUGGAUGCGCACAUUUUUAUUAACAUGGUUGAUGGAGCAUUGAUGAAUUGAAUCAUCUGUCAUGAUGUCUACCAUAAAAAACUGGACAACCAAUAUAUCUUUUGAAAACUCUAUGUCUUACAUAGAAAAUGAUUUGUCGCUUCCACCGGAAGCAGUGCUGUCUAGGACGGGACACACAGUUGUGGCAAUAUUCCUUGGACUUAUACUUGUAUUUGGUUUUCUCAAUAACUUUGUGGUGCUUAUACUCUUCUGCAAGUUUAAAACUCUGAGAACGCCAGUUAAUAUGAUGCUUUUGAAUAUUAGUGCUAGUGACAUGCUGGUCUGUGUGUCUGGUACAACGCUCAGUUUCACAUCAAGUAUUAAAGGCAAAUGGAUUGGUGGAGAAUACGGCUGCCAGUGGUAUGGCUUUGUCAACUCCUGCUUUGGAAUUGUAUCACUCAUAUCGCUGGCUAUCCUGUCUUAUGAGCGUUACAGCACUCUAACCUUGUACAACAAAGGAGGUCCUAAUUUUAAAAAAGCCCUGCUUGCUGUGGGUAGUUCCUGGUUAUAUUCCUUAGUGUGGACAGCCCCACCCCUUCUUGGAUGGAGUAGUUAUGGAAGGGAAGGAGCUGGAACAAGCUGUUCUGUGCGCUGGACCUCUGAAUCUGUUGAGUCAGUCUCCUACAUCAUUUGUCUUUUCAUUUUCUGCCUGGCAUUGCCUGUGUUUGUAAUGCUUUACUGCUAUGGAAGACUUUUGUAUGCUGUGAAGCAGGUUGGAAAGAUCAGAAAGAUUGCUGCCCGUAAAAGAGAAUAUCACGUCUUAUUCAUGGUGAUUACCACAGUGAUCUGUUACUUGCUGUGCUGGUUGCCAUAUGGAGUGGUCGCCUUGCUUGCUACAUUUGGAAGGCCAGGGGUAAUAUCUCCUGUUGCCAGUGUCAUCCCAUCAAUUCUGGCCAAGAGCAGUACUGUUUUCAAUCCCAUUAUUUAUAUACUUAUGAACAAGCAGUUCUACAAAUGCUUUCUAACACUUUUCCAUUGUCAUCCUACAUCAUCAAUGGAUGAGAAAUCUAUGUGUCAGUCGAAUUAUACCGUCAUCCAGAUGAACCAAAAACUUAACAAUACAGUGGCAAUCCCUGGACAGACUCAGAUACCUGAUAGUGGAAGUAUAGACAAGAUGCCUUGCAUUCAUAGACAAGACAACGAUCCAUCUGAUCAAAUGCUUAAAGCUACAACGGACCAUUUCAUUUCAUGAACGUGGUAUAUUAUUGGAAUUUUUGGUCAGUCUUCAUAGCAGUACCAGAUAAAAGAGGAGGCAGUUUCUUGAAAUAUAGAGAUAUUUUGCCUUUAAGAUGUUGAAGGCAGUGGCAAUACAAGGUUCGUUCAUUCCAUGGUGUAUGUAGAAGGAUCACUAUGUGAAAUUGCACCCCAGUAUCUCAGGACACUUUCUGAGGAACACAAGCUUUCUCCUUGUAGACUGUAAACCCAUGUAUGUGUUUUGCAAGAUCUUGUGUUUUUAUAUCAGGAGUGUCUGAAGCAGCAAUUUAAUGCACAGUGUUGUAGUUUUCUAACUAUGUAAACCACAUUAAGGCACUGGAUAAAUGUCAGUCACAUGCUGCCGUUUUUCUAAUGUAAAGUAAAGGAGAAGAAAUAUUAGAGACCUGCCUGUAUCUACCCAUUCCUAAAGUGUGUGUGUAUUUGGGACUGAAUAAUAACACAUGCUUGAAAAUAAUAACUAGGAGAGGUGGCAAAAUACUUUGCAGAUACUACAGAGUUCUACAAUAAAAUAAACGUAUUACAUGCAACACAAUCCUAUGUGCCUGUUGUAGCAAAAUGGAAACAAAACACAACAUCUGACCAAGAUAAAGCAACACAUUUGCUAUGAGGGCAUCUUGUGCUAAUCAUCUACACAUUCCAGCCAUUUGCCAGUUAUCAAACCUAUACCAAAUUUAUAGAACCAAAUCAAAAUAACAAAAUAUAAGUAAAAAUAAGUGUACCAGCACAUAACUGGCAUAAAGUUUGUGCUCAAAAAAUUUCCUACAAUGUGUUUGGCUAAUGAUAAAACCCAUGUGCUAAACUUGCUGGGAAAUGACACAUGAAAAAUAUGUGACAAUUCUUAGGCUUUUUUUUUCCUGGGAUAAAAUGCUGAUAAACUAUUACACAAUCCUCAUAGUCAGCUGCAUUCUACUUGGUUCAAAGUAUCCCAUCCAUAUUUUAGAACAAUUCUGUCCCACAUUCUUACCUAAGACAAUCGUACAGCUAUUCUUCUAUUCUGUUUGAUCAACAAGGCUUCUAUUAAAAUACAACAUGCCACUAUGCUGGACUGUACAGCCCUAUUUACUCACAAUGUAUCACUGGAUCACUAUCCUAUAUUUUAACACAGGACUUGGGAAGGGAAUGCAAUCAUCAUGUCUACCAUUGACUUUGAAUUAGUAUACCCAGGCAUUGUACAGUAUGAGAACACUCCUAUUCUGAUUUCUAGGGAUGCACCGAUUCCACAUUUUUGGAUUCGGCCAAACCCCCAAAUCCUUUGUGAAAGAUUCGGCCGAAUACCAAACCGA